AUGGCAUCCCUCGGCCACCCAGCCGCCUUUGGCCGGGCCACCCAUGUCGUGGUACGGGCGCUGCCCGAGUCCCUCGCCCAGCAGGCGCUGAGGCGCACCAAGGGCGACGAGGUGGAUUUCGCCCGCGCUGAGCGGCAGCACCAGCUCUACGUGGGCGUGCUGGGCAGUAAGCUGGGGCUGCAGGUGGUGCAGCUGCCCGCCGACGAGAGCCUCCCAGACUGCGUGUUCGUGGAGGACGUGGCCGUGGUGUGCGAGGAGACGGCCCUGAUCACCCGCCCCGGGGCGCCGAGCCGGAGGAAGGAGGUUGACAUGAUGAAAGAAGCACUAGAAAAACUUCAGCUCAACAUAGUAGAGAUGAAAGAUGAAAAUGCAACUUUAGAUGGUGGAGAUGUCUUAUUCACAGGCAGAGAAUUUUUUGUGGGCCUUUCCAAAAGGACAAAUCAACGAGGUGCGGAAAUCUUGGCUGAUACUUUUAAGGACUAUGCAGUCUCCACGGUCCCCGUGGUGGAUGCUUUGCACUUGAAGAGUUUCUGCAGCAUGGCUGGGCCAAACCUAAUCGCUAUUGGAUCCAGUGAAUCUGCACAGAAGGCCCUCAAGAUCAUGCAACAGAUGAGUGAUCAUCGCUACGACAAACUCACGGUGCCUGAUGACACGGCCGCAAACUGCCUGUACCUGAAUAUCCCCAGCAAAGGCCACGUCUUGCUGCACCGAACCCCAGAAGAGUACCCAGAAAGUGCAAAGGUUUAUGAAAAGCUGAAGGACCAUAUGCUGAUCCCCGUGAGCAAUUCUGAACUUGAAAAGGUGGACGGGCUGCUGACCUGCUCCUCGGUUUUCAUUAACAAGAAAGUAGACUCCUGA